AUGGCGCCCAGCAUCGAGGAACUCGACGCGACUGUGCGCACCUUUUUCGAAGGUCGCGGAGAACAGCAAAAAGCUGCCCAGAAUGCUCUCAACCAAUUCAAAGAAGACCCCGAUGCGUGGUUGAUGGUCGACAAGAUUCUUUCGGAUGCGCAGUAUCCUCAAACCAAGUACAUCGGUCUCCAGGUCCUCGACAAUGUGAUCAUGACGCGAUGGAAAGUCCUGCCUCGAGAUCAGUGCCAGGGUAUCCGCAACUUCAUUGUCCAGUUCAUCAUCCAGUGCUCCAGCAGCGAAGAGUCGUUACGAACCCAAAAGACCCUUCUCAACAAGCUCAACCUAGUUCUCAUCUCGGUGCUGAAGCAAGAAUGGCCUCACAACUGGCCAACGUUUAUCAACGAAAUCAUCUCGUCCUGCCACUCGAGUCUGUCUAUCUGCGAAAACAACAUGAUUAUUCUGCGUCUCCUGUCCGAGGAGGUUUUCGAUUACUCGGCCGAGCAGAUGACAUCGACAAAGACGAGGAGUCUCAAGCAGACCAUGUGUGCCGAGUUCUCACAGAUCUUCCAACUUUGCCAAGAGGUCCUUAACACGGCCACUCAGCCUAGCUUGGUCAAGGCAACACUCGAGACGCUGCUCCGUUUUUGCAACUGGAUCCCCCUUGGCUACAUCUUCGAAACGCCGCUCAUCGAGACUCUGCGCACCCGCUUUUUGCCCACGCCGGAGUUCAGGAAUGUUACACUGCAAGUGCUGACGGAGAUUGGCGGCUUGCAGACCGGAGGCCCGGGACAGCCCAAUUCGUACGACGAAGAGCUGGUCAAGAUGUUCACCGAGGUUCUCAGCACGAUUGCGGAUAUCAUCCCAGUAUCUCUCGACCUCAAGACAACAUAUCCUAGCAGUAAUUCGCGGGAUCAGGAGUUUGUGCAGAAUCUUGCGCUGUUUCUGUGCAACUUCUUCAGCUACCACUUGGUCCUUAUUGAGAACCUACCGAAUCGCGAUUUCCUCAUGCAUGGUCACUAUUACUUGAUUCGAAUCUCGCAGAUCGAUGACCGCGAGAUCUUCAAGAUCUGCCUCGACUACUGGCUGAAGAUGGUCCAAGAGCUGUACGAGGAGAUGCAGUCUCUACCGCUCAACGACUCGAGUGCUUUGCAGGCAAUGGGAGGAUCUGUUUCGGGCAGUGGCGCCCCAGCACCCAGCGUCCUGGCCAACUACCCUCUCCGCAAACACAAGUACAACGAGAUUCUGUCGAACCUGCGAGUUGUCAUGAUUGAGAAAAUGGUGCGACCUGAAGAGGUGCUCAUUGUGGAAAACGACGAGGGCGAAAUUGUGCGCGAGUUUGUCAAGGAGAGUGACACGGUCCAGCUGUACAAGACGAUCCGCGAGUGCCUUGUGUACCUGACGCACUUGGAUGUGGUCGACACGGAAUCUAUCAUGACCGAGAAGCUGGCGCGCCAAGUGGACGGCACGGAGUGGUCGUGGCACAACUGCAACGUUCUUUGCUGGGCGAUUGGAUCCAUUUCGCUUGCGAUGAACGAAGAGACCGAGAAGCGGUUUCUGGUCACGGUCAUCAAAGAUCUCCUGGGCCUGACGGAGAUGAAGCGCGGCAAGGACAACAAAGCGGUCGUGGCCAGUAACAUUAUGUACAUUGUCGGCCAGUACCCCCGUUUCCUGAAAGCCCACUGGAAGUUCCUCAAGACGGUGGUGAACAAGCUCUUUGAGUUUAUGCACGAGUCACACGAGGGCGUCCAAGACAUGGCUUGCGACACAUUCAUCAAAAUUGCGCGUCAGUGCCGUCGCCACUUUGUGGCGAUCCAGCCCAGUGAGCAGGAACCGUUCAUUGAGGAGAUUGUGAGGAACAUGGGUAAGAUUACGUGCGAUCUCACGCCCCAGCAGGUGCACACUUUCUACGAGGCUUGCGGCUAUAUGGUAGCAGCUCAAGGAAACCAGCACCAGCAGGAACGGUUGCUGGCCGACCUCAUGAGCAUCCCCAACUCGGCCUGGGACGAGAUCAUCAAGCAGGCGACUUCGAAUCCGGCAAUCCUCCAGGACUCGGAAACGAUCAAGGUCAUUGGCAACAUUAUGAAGACCAACGUAUCGGCGUGCAGCUCGAUCGGGCCAUACUUUUACCCUCAAAUUGGGAGGAUCUACCACGACAUGCUCGAAAUGUACCGCGCGACAAGCGGCCUGAUAUCGGAGGCUGUGGCCAGAGAUGGCGAUCUUGCGCCGAAGAUGCCCAAAGUCAGGGGCCUGCGCACCAUCAAGAAGGAGAUUCUGAAGUUGAUCGAGACAUAUGUCGACAAGGCAGAGGACCUGGGGGCUGUGCGGACCCAGAUGGUGCCGCCUCUGCUCGAGUCGGUCUUGGUCGACUACAACCGGAACGUGCCGGGCGCUCGUGACGCGGAAGUGCUCAAGGCCAUGUCGACAAUUAUCACCAAGCUCGGGGCCAUUAUGGAAGAUCAAGUGCCGAUUAUCAUGCAAAACGUGUUCGAAUGCACUCUUGACAUGAUCAACAAGGACUUCUCCGAGUUCCCGGAGCAUCGUGUCGAGUUCUUCAACUUGCUCCGAGCCAUCAACCUGCACACGUUCCCGGCGCUGCUGAAGCUCGACAGCAACCAGUUCAAGUUCGUCAUCGACUCAUGCUCGUGGGCGUUCAAGCACGACAACCGCGAUGUGGAGGGUGCUGGCUUGAACAUGUGCCUGGAGCUGAUUAACAACAUUGCGGACAAGACCGACGUGUCGGCCGCGAACGAGUUCUUCCAGCGAUUCUUUGUCAACAUUCUGCAGGACGUCUUCUUUGUGGUGACGGAUCCGGACCACAAGGCCGGGUUCAAGACGCAGUCGAUGGUGCUGAUGAAGCUUUUCUACUACGUGCAGCCGGCGGACGGCACUCAGCCUAAGAUUCAGGGUCCCAUCUACACGCCAGAGCAAGCAACAGCUGGUACAUCGAACAAGGAGUUCCUGGCCAACUACGUUGGAAACCUGUUGCAGAAUGCAUUCCCCAACCUGCAGGCUGCUCAGAUCAAGGAAUUUGUGGAGGGGCUGUUCAUGCUGAACACCCAGUACGACAAGUUCCGCCUCAACCUGCGCGACUUCCUCAUCUCUCUCAAGGAAUUUGCAGGGGAUAAUGCCGACCUCUACGCAGUGGAGAAGGAGGAAGCCGAGCGCGACAACAAAGCUGCCGACAUAGAGCGGAGGCAAAAGGUCGGUGGCCUGCUGAAGCCGUCGGAGCUCGACGACGAGGAGCUCUGA